CCACACCAAACCCCUGUCUCUCGAUCCUCGCGAGUCAGCGCCAUGUCGUCCCCACCACCACAGCGGCCACCAACCACCACCACUGCGCUCCCGCCUACCGCCACGCCCCCUCCUCCGGCCACCGCCUCGCAGCCCCUGCCGCGCGCCUUCCUCGCCACCUACACCGCGCCGCAGCGCGCCGCCAACUCGACCCCCACGCCGCCGCUGCUCUUCACCGGCCGCCCGCUCAACCCUAACCCUAGCCACACCUCCCCCGCGCACGGCAUCCUCUACCCCGUCGCCGCAUCAUCCUCCACCCCCGCCGCCGCCGCGGCGGCGGCGGCGAACCAUCGCCGCGCUCCCCCCACCGGCGUCGCGUACCCGCGCGCCCACGCCGUCGCUGUCCCCGUCACAGCGCCGUCUCAGCAGCCCCAGGUGCCAACGCAGCAGCGGUCCUACGCUGCGGUGCCGCGGGCGGUGGUGGCGGGCGUGACGCCGCGUCCAGAGCACCCUCCCCGAGGGGUUCCAAUAGCCCCGCAUCCUCAGCUCAAGGUUAAUGCUGUUCCAGCUGUUACUCCAUCUCUGGCUGUUACUCCAUCUCCAGCUGUUACUCCAUCUCUAGUUGUUACUCCAUCUCCAGCUGUUACCCCGUCUCCAGCUUUUACUCCAUUUCCUCGGGAGCAUGUCACCACAAAGGAGAGAGAAAGUACCAAAGAAAACGCUUCAACUGUGGUGAUCAAUGACCGCAAAGUUAAUGUGUUAGACAGUGAGUCAGGAUCCUUGUAUGCUCUUUGUCGAUCUUGGCUACGCAAUGGCGUUCCACAUGAAAUUCAGCCAAGCUUUGCUGGAAACGUUGCACCACUUCUUCCAAGACCUUUGCCUGCUUCAGUUGUAGAUUCUAGGAUGUCAGAAAAGGACAAUGAUGUUGAAGAUCAAGUUUCAGAAGAAGAGCAGAGACAUGCCCAAGAAAGGAACACCCUGUGCACCAGAGACGCGAUGGACAGAGCAUUGACCAAUAAUGAUACUAGUGAAUAUACGGCGUCUGACUUGUUGAGAGAGCAUGUAACUCGUGCAAAAAAUAUACGUGCCAAAUUGCGCAAGGAGCGGCAAGUCCGGAUCGAGAGAUACAAGCAGCGCCUUGCACUUCUUUUGCCUCCACCACCACCCCCACCUAGCGAGCCAUGAUGGACUUAUAUACAAACCAACUGAUGAGAUUGGAAGUGCCAUGGCUUCCAUGUUGCCUUUGUGUUGUCAUGUUAAGUUACAGUAGAAGCGGAGACAAUUCCAGAUGUUGUACUGUUACUCUGUUUUAGAAUUUGUUCCAGCCGCCAAAUAAUCAACAUUAAACUUUGCAUCUUUGCUUGGAAUGUUUUUCUUCCGGAGAUUUUAGCAUUUUUCUUUUUGGAACAUUUGCUCCAUGUAAAUGUGUGUCGAGAAUCUUUCUAGACUAACAAUUGAACUAUUUGUAGCAUGGUAUAAUUUCUGCUCUUUAUGUAGUUAUUAGAGUUGUCAUCUGUCA